AUGUCGCACGCUGCAAUGCUUUGCGAUAGUGUCACCUCCAUCGCCGUCGCUGUCUCAGCCUUGAGCUCCUCGCCGACCAUCAUCCUCGAUUGCGAAGGUCUCAAUCUCGGCGCACGAGGUGGUACCUUAUCCAUCAUCAUCCUCCGUACCACCACCACUACAUCCCCCGCGCGCACAUUCCUCCUCGACGUUCUCCAGCUCUCACAAAGCCAACUCCAACCCGUCUACGCUCUUCUCUCCUCCCCAUUCAUCACCAAACUCGUAUUUGACGGUCGCAUGGAUUACAGCGCCCUUUACCACGAAUGCGGCAUCGAGCUACGUAACGUACUCGACCUGCAGCUCGCAGAUGUGGUUUCGAGGGGACUGAGGGGUGAAGGUGAGGGCAGGAGGAUGGAGAGACUGGGGUCGUUUUUGGGCAGGUGGGAGGUCGAGGGCAAGAAGGAACGAUAUGGAGGUGUACACAAAUUGAAUGGGAUGAAGGAUUGUUUGUGGGAGCAUGAGAUUUAUGAGUUGGAGAAGGAUGGAUCGGUCCGUCAUGACCUCUGGUUAUGCCGACCUCUCCCGAGAUAUUAUGCUGGCUACGCCGCCACCGAUGCUGAAAUGAUCCACGCCCUCUACGACAUCUUUAUCGAGGGAUCGUUCAUCACAUCCAACCUUCCGGCGCAAAGCAUGCGCUACAUCACCAUCUGGAAAGAUCGCCAACCCGGCGCAUCUGACUCGCACCUGCGGCACCCGCUUCUCCCUCUCGAGAUACUCGAAGCUCCCGACGACGGUGCCUCUGAGUCGUCAAUGCGGGCAUGCGAUACGUGCAGCAGGUUGUUGUCCGAGAAGGCGUUUGUGAGAGAGCCAGGAGUACCGAGGCGUGUUGCUGUCAGUUCUCAGAAGUGCAAAGUUUGUCUUGCGAUCGCGGUGAGGAACGGCGAAACUGGCGCGAGUUAUAAUCAGGGCAUGAGAGUGAGAGAGCAGGAUUUCGAGGAUAUGAUCUUGGAGGAGCAGGAGCGUGCUGAACGGGAGAUGGACGAGUUCGAUGAUUGGUACACGGAGGAUCGGAUUCGACUGGAAGAGGAGACGGAUAAUUUUUCUUUCGGUGAGGAUGAGGAUGAGGUUUGA